AUGAUUCGCCGCAAGCCAACCGUUAUAACUGUCACGUCCGAAGAUAUCUUGGCCUUUGAAGAAGCCCGUCUUCGCCAACAGGAGCAGCAACAAGAGCAGCAGAACGUGGCCAAGAACAGCGAGAAUAAAUCCGGAGCUGUUGAUCCGAAUGAUGAAUUGAAACCUCUACCGGGUGAUAAGGCAAGGAUUAUCAGAAGCAGAGAUGAGAGAAUUGGUGUUAGCCGGAGAGGGUGA